CGAACUGCUCAUGGAGAAGGAUCGAAUACCCAACAGAUUCAGGGCUGUCCUUUGGAAUGCAAUGCCAUGAUAUUUGUUGAUAGAAACUCUGCUAGCUACGUUCUUGUUCUUUGUCUUGCCUUUAUUACCCCCGAAAAAAAAAAAGGGUGUCUGUUGGGCCUGACAAUGUUAUCCAAUAAGAUAACCGAACAGAAAAAUAAAAGAGGAACCGCAAGUUCUUUCCUCUUGUCUUUGGAUUGGAAGAGGAAAGCGGUUAUUAGCUGAAUGAUUAUUAUUCGGAAUCAAGAGAGUGGAAAUUGUGCUGGAGAAGAAACGAACUGAGUAGCGGCCAUGGAUCUUCUCUGCGAUGCAUACGGCAAUGCGUCUGACGACGACAAAAAUCAACCGAAACGUCAGAAACUCGCACCUUCUUCCUCGGACCUGCCAAAACCAUAUCUUCCUCCUCUUAUCAAUCCCUGCUUGCAGCUCCAGACGCAAUCUUCGCUUUCUGGAGGAUAUGUUUCCAAGCGACAAAGGGCGCUGUUAGGCGUUGAUCCCGCUGUUCCCGACCCAGCUCCGGUCCCGCCUUCUGUCACAUUAUCUGGAAGCAUUUUGGAUACCAAUCUACCUCCUAGCAUUUUAUCGUUGUUGAGAAACAAAGCUAAAGGUCAUCAAAAUCUGAACUUGAUACCUGAAAGGCUAUCCGUGGCUCUAUCUGGUCAUACAAAAGCUGUCAAUGCCAUACAAUGGUCUCCCACUUAUGUUCAUCUCCUUGCGUCUGCUGGGAUGGACCAUAUGGUUUGUGUGUGGAAUGUAUGGAGUAGAGAUCAAAAGAAAGCACGUGUAAUAAACCUCCAUAAUGCAGCAGUGAAAGAUGUGAAGUGGUCGCAGCAAGGACACUCUCUGCUUUCCUGUGGAUAUGAUUGCAAAUCAAGGUUGGUUGACGUAGAAAAGGGGCUUGAGACUCAGGUUUUCUGUGAAGAUCAAAUUGUCGGAGUUAUAAAGUUUCAUCCAGACAACUCAAACCUCUUCCUUUCUGGUGGUUCAAAGGGCCAUAUUAGAUUAUGGGAUAUCAGGACUGCCACAGUAGUCCAUAGCUUUACUCGCAAUUUAGGUCCAAUUUUGGAUGUGGAGUUUACAAUCAGUGGGAAGCAGUUCAUUUCUUCUAGUGAUGUAUCUGGGAGUAACGUCAGUGAGAACUCUAUUAUUGUUUGGGACGUGUCCAGGCAGGUUCCACUGUCUAAUCAGGUUUAUGUUGAAGCUUAUACCUGUCCGUGUGUAAGGCGCCACCCAUUUGAGUCUACUUUCGUUGCCCAGUCAAAUGGGAAUUACAUUGCAAUCUUUACAGCCAACCCACCUUUCAGGUUAAACAAAUCCAAGAGGUAUGAAAGCCACGGGGUCUCUGGGUUCCCCAUAAAGUGCAAUUUCAGUUUGGAUGGGAAGAGGCUUGCUUCUGGUUCUUCAGAUGGUUGUAUUUAUCUUUACGAUUAUCACUCAUCUAAGGUUGUUAAGAAAAUCAAGGCCUCAGACCAAGCAUGCAUAGAUGUUGUUUUCCAUCCCGUUAUGCCUAAUGCUAUUGCUUCAUGCUCCUGGGAUGGAAGCAUUUCAGUGUUUGAGCUGUGAACCAUCGGCCCUGUUUCAUGGCAGUCUCUGGCCCUCGAGUGGUGGAGGGGAACUUGGGAGCAAGUCUCUGCCAUUUAGUCACAAGAUAAAUGACUUGGAAGAAAACAAAAGGAGAUGGGGAGGCGAAGGUCCUCUUUUCCAAGUCUCUAUAGAUUUUUCUAUUUUCUUACAUGUUAGGUUUGAAUAGUUAGAUCUGUCCCAGAUCAUAUGUGAUUUGAUGCUUAGGUUUUUUGACUUGUAGGAUAGUUAUAUCUUUUAAAAGAUAGUUAUAUCUUUUGACAUGACCUUAUCCAGGAUGUUACCUAUUUAAUACACUUUUGGAACUCU